UCACAAGUUCCGCAAAGUGACUUGCAAGAAUCCAGCUAAAACAACAGAAGUAGCGCGAAGAAAAUUCAACACGAUAUGGUUUGAAUUUAAACACUUUUCCCUCUCGAUUACUUUACUGGUCAGAUCACGCAAACCUGGCUGACCCCUCAUGUCGCUGGGGAGGCUUAAAGAUCGCUUGUUGGUAAGAACAGUGCAUUGUUUGACCGGCCGGUACUGCAGAACUUCUUAGCUUGUCACUUUCGUAUUUGCUACUUGCUGUGCUGCUGAUCUUAGCGUUAGUAGAUGUCUAAAAGAAAUAUCUUGUGUAUUUGAGUGCAAGUAAUACUAAAAAGGCAUUUCUCCUCUUUGGAUUAAGAGCAUAAGGUGCGGCGUUUUGCUGAAUUUUCGUGCAGAAAUCGUAGUGUCGUUUACGUGUGGUAAAACGGGUAGCGAGAAGAUAAUCUAUCAACGUUAAAUUUUUACACCCGCCGUGUGUAUGAAUGAAAAAAUCGUAUGCUUACAUCAUACAGCCUGUGAUGCGCUUGUCCAAUAUAUAAACUUGGCAGAAUUUCAAAGAGGAGUAGGGAAGUAGGAAGGCAUAUUUGGGUCAUUUUGUUAUCGAAUUCAAUUGUACAAUCUUCAAUGAUUUUAUAUAGUGCCAAGUGCUCGUAUGUGAUGUUUACGUGUCUUUUCGAUGGAACGAAACAUUGCGUGUGAGUUGCAUGUACAAACAGGCACUAUGCAACGAGUUCGAUAAAAAACCAUAAUGCCUUAGUCUCGGCUGUUUUGUGGUCUUAGCCCUUGACAAGAGAUAUCAAGCCCAACAAAUUCUUGGAAGAAAGUUUAGUCAUUUGAGUUUGCAAAACGUUCUCCCAUGUGUAUUGUUGUGGAUGCAUUUUAUUGACACUGUUGUAGAUAGUUUUUUUCUUGUUCUGUGCAACAAAUUUAUCCCCAGUUAAUCUGUGUUGUUAAAUGAGAGUAACAAUAAUACCGAAUGGUUUGAGACCCUCAACCAAAUUGACAUUAAUAUUUGAUGUUAUCAGUCCUGUACACACAUGUAGUUUUACUGUGUUUGAAACCAAUUUGGAAACAUCACAGUGGCCAAGUAUUACAGAAUUUUAUGCUUAUUAAUUAAAAAUAGAUUUUAAAAUGCUAGACAGUCAAUCUGUCUCUGAGAUUUUGAAGUUUCUUCGCAUUUCACCUGAAGACAUUGAAAUUUUUCCUCUUGUUAAUAAUUAAUGUGGUUUAUAGGUAUUUGCACUGGUUGCAGAGAAACACAAAUUUUGGUCAAGCUGAUAAUGGAUUCCACUAUUUUACAUUUGCAAUACAUGUAACAUUUUUAGAAAAUUCUUUAUAGGUCAUGAGAGAAAUUUUCACGAAGACUUUUCAGUGGAGGAAAAAGGAAAUCCUAUGCUAAUCAAAUUUUCUAUUAUAGUAAUUCUUUUCUUGCUCUGAAUUAAAUAUUCCUUUUAUCAGCACUGUGAGUUCUGAUACAUGUACUGUAUGGCAAAUCACUCCCGGUGGUUUUUUUUGGUGUGAUCUCUUUUUUCUUUUGGGAGGUUUUCUUUUUGGUGCAACUAACUGACAGCACUACAGCAGUGUUCUCCUUAUCAGGUGGUAACCAGUAAAAUUUACUGCCUGAAGCAACACUUCUUACCGCCUACAACCACUUGAAGGUUUACUAAAAUAAAAUAAUUUGUUUUAAAAAAUGUGCAAGUUGUGAUCCAAUCCGAUUCUCACAAGAACAUGAAUAUAAUAUGGAAAAGUAUUUAAGUAUACACAGCUUUUCUUUUAUGGGCCACGCAUUUUGGAAAGAGAAUGUUGAAGACAGAGUAAAAUUAUUGGAGUUGAACGUUUUAAAUAAGAAUGAGCUAGGAAAUGACGUUUCAGAGGACUUAGCUCCUAAAUUUCCAUUCAAUGUCCCUCACUCCACUACCCCCUCCACCCCCCAGGGGCACUUAUUUUUUGCCUUACUGGCCAUGAAUGGUCCCUUACCUGCUGAGCCAAAAUGUAGGGAGAACACUGCUAAAGUGGCAAAUGUUAGUUUCAAAAUUUGUGCAAAUAGAGGAUUAUAACUCCAGUGUUAUUCAGAUCAACAUUGAAUUUCCUGCUCCAUUGAUUUUGCUUAACAAAGAGCUUACUAGGUUUCUUUGUCUCAGAUUCUAACAAAAAUGCAAGGACGCCAACGCAUUUUUUGCAUAAUAAUUGCAUUGAUAUAGACUUGGGAGCUAAUGAACCAUUCACUAUAAUAAAAAAUGAUAAUGUUGUUAAUAUUAUAUAUUAUUAAUAUUAUUUUUUUUAAUGCGGCAUUUCUGUUUAUUUCUAGGGUCUCUUGCCAGGAAGAAGACAUUAUGAAGAUGAGUGGCGCACUGUUUAUGUUUUAAACAGAUACCCUAGUGAUGAACAUGCUGAUAUUGAACAGAAGCAAAGAAGAUACGCUAAUAAUGUUAUUGUUACUUCAAAGGUUAGGUGCUUUCGUAAUUAUUUUGAUCAUUCAUUGAUUCUUUGGGGUUAAUAAAUAUAUUCUUUUUUAGUGACAAGAAUCAGAAUUCUUUGUUUUAUGUCAGUAUUAGCAAACAAAAUAAUCUCAUGGUUUUUUUUUCAAGCCAAGAAGAAUAAAUAGAAUUAUUAUAAAUAAAUAUUCCGAAAGGUCUUGAUAGCACAAAGUUUAAAAAGACAAUGACACUUCUAAGUUUGUGGAACAUGCUUCAAUGUUUCAAACAUCUGACAUCUUUAGCCAUACAAGGUAUAAUACUAAUAGUGUACAAGUAAAGUAAGUAAGUUUAGUUUUCUUCCAUAUUAGUGGCUAGCUUUAAUAUGUGUAUCAAAUUUUGAAUUUCUAAGCAGUCAUUGUUUGGAUAGUUAUAUUAUACCAAUCAACUUGUACGCUAUUAGUAUUAUACCUUGCAUGGCUGAAUAUGAUGUUUGAAACAUCAAAACAUGUUUCACAAACUUAAAAGUGUCAUUGUUAUUUUUGAAAUUAUAAUUAAAUAUAAAUUAAUCUUUAUUAAAACAAUCAUCAUUGAGUGACUGGGUGCACUAUAAAUGAAUUGCACAAUAAAAAAUAUAAUGUACCUCAUGUGAGGUUUCAUUUACAGUGCAACCAGGAAAACCGUGAACACUUGAAAUAUCAUAGGAAUGUUUAUUGCGUACGACCAAUCACAGCAGAGAUCAGGACAUGUGAACUAGCCACGAAGCCACAAACUAAUUAAGGUUUUUGUUGCAGUUCAGUUUUUUCAUGCGUGAUUGGCUGUUUUCUUGCAACACAAUAGCAUUCCAGAAAUAUUUUUGGUGUUGACAGUUUUCUCAGUUUGACGGUAAUAUUUCAACGUAAUAAAUAAAUACGUCAUGAAAAUCUGAAUAUUGAAUUCUGGUGUUCAUGGUUUUCCCAGUUUAACAGUAAUAUUUCAACAUAAUAAAUGAAUAUGUCAUGAAAAUCUGAAUAUUGAAUUCUUUGUAUUUUUUGCAAGUACAUUAGGGCCCAUCUGCACUAGCGAAAAAAGUUGUUAGAGAAAUUUUCUGUCAUCACCAAUGCUUAGCAAAUGCGGAUGGUUUGUCGAGAUUAUACAAAUUUUGUCCUAGACAGGAAAUCUUAAAAGGUGCCAUGGACAAAAUUUGCUCCCAGUAAAAACUGGCAAAAUUGACUAAAUAAACAAAAAUGUGUUUUUCUUGUCAAUCAUUUGUUGUAAAGCUGUUAUUCUUUCCAUUAAAAAAAGCAAGUGUUGUCAGAUGUAAUGGUUUCCAGUGCGGACAAAUUUUUUCAAAACAAAAAUUGUCACAAUAUAAUUUUUGGUGUAGAUGUUUCAAAGACAAUUCCCAUUUUGUCUGCUAGUGUAGGAAGGCCCUUAUGGUGUUUUGAUUAAUGCAAUAAUUAUUGGAUUGUAUGUUUUUGUUUGCAGUACACAAUAUGGAAUUUUAUACCAAAGAAUCUGUUUGAGCAGUUUCGUCGAAUUGCCAAUUUUUAUUUCCUUUGCAUUGGUAUCAUACAGGUGGGAAACACAAUCCAUAAUAAAAGCAUUCUGACUAAGCAUCUGUCUAUGUAACAGGUCAAAUUUGAUGUCAGGUUAAAUUUUUUAAUGUAGGUUGAUUCUCAAUUCCCUUCGUUUCCUAGCCCUAAUUCAUGAUUAAUCAGGGCUAGGAGACAAAGUAAAUUGAGAAUCAACCUACAGUACCUGUCAAAAGUAUGUUGACAGUCCGUCGCGAGUCUCCAUUCUCAACUCGAUUCGCAGUUCUUGAUUCCUGCGCAAAUCGAGAAUCGAGAAUUGAGAACAAGCUAUUGAGAAUCAAGUCAAGGAUUGAGUCUCGCGAGACAGAAGACAAAAGAUUUAAAGUGAUUAAAAAAAUUUCGUGUGAAAUCAAAUUUGACCUGUAAAAUCUACAGUUAGAUUGCAACUAUCUACCCACCUACAUGUACCUACCUACCAACCUACCUCCAUGUGCCUACCUACCUAUCCACCUACAACUGUACUGUACAUGUACCUAUCUACCUACCUUCCUACCUCACUACGGGUACCUACUUCCCUACAUGUACCUACCCUACCUGCCUUCCUACCUCCCUACCUGUACCUACCCUACCUGCCUUCCUACCUCCCUACAUGUACCUACCUGCCUACCUCCGUACAUGUACCUAUCCUACCUGCCUUCCUACCUCCCUACAUGUACCUACCUUCCUACCUUCCUACAUGUAUCUACCUCCUACAUGUACCUACCUACCUACCUUCCUACCUUCCUACAUGUAUCUACCUCCUACAUGUACCAACCUACCUAUCUUCCUACAUGUACCUUCCUACAUGUACCUACUUCCCUACAUGUACCUACCUACCUGCCUUCCUACCUCCCUACAUGUACCUACCUGACCUACCUUUCUACCUUCCUACAUGUACCUACCUACCUACCUUCCUACCUCCCUACAUGUACCUACCUACCUACCUACCUACCUCCCUACAUGUACCUACCUGACCUACCUUUCUACCUUCCUACAUGUACCUACCUACCCACCUUCCUACCUCCCUACAUGUACCUACCUACCUACCUACCUUCCUACAUGUACCUACCUACCUACCUACCUUCCUACAUGUACCUACCUACUUACCUAUCUACCCGUCUACAUUCUUACAUGUACCUUCCUACCUCCCUAACUCCCUACAUAUACCUACCUACCUACCUAACCUACCUAGAUCUAACUAAAUGUAUCUACCUACCUACCCACCGACCUACCUAUGUACAUGUACCUACCCAUCUUGCCUCUUCGCGCUCUGUUACACACAAGACCUCCACAUACACUUGUCAGUGCCAACAUGUCAUCUUGAAAAGUGUGACAGGCUUCAGUGAUGAUAUUUUUUUAUGGGGAUAAACCAAUCACCCAACCCCUAAACUUGAGGGCCAGGCAUUGCAAUUAGUCUUGCUUAUCACCCAAACCUGACCAGCAUGGUGGCACCCAACAGGGACCAGCUGGAAUACAUAAUAUAGCUUCCAGGCUAAUCAAGGCACAUAAACCUCCCCACCACGUUAAGGCGCAACUAAAAAGGGAAGAAUUUUAGACAGUCUAGAUUGUGGCAGCUGAGGGAAUAGAUACAUUGUUGUUUGUAAUUUUAUUUAACUUACAUGCUAUGCUUGCUGUUUUUAUUGCAGUUGUUAAUUGACAGUCCAGUCAGUCCAGUUACUAGCAUUCUUCCAUUAGCCUUUGUGAUAACAGUCACUGCCAUCAAACAGGUUUGCAUAACUGUACAUGUGCGUGCUGGUUAGACGAAUGUUCUUCUGAUUGUUCAUUGUCACCUUUAAAUAAUUUACCGUCUAAUAAAUGAGCUAGGUCAUUUUUUAUCAAGUUUAAAUGAAAAUGUUAGAUGAGUAGGUUUGGUGUCAGUCCUAAAAACAUGAACUGAGACAUAACAAUUUAUUAGUGAAAAGUAAACAUUUUAGGUCCAAAAACUCUCACAAUUUUGUCUCCUGCACAUGCAGGUCCAAACUUUAGAAGUUGAAAUAAUAGCAGCAGAAGCAAAAGCCAGCAUGAACUUGAAAAGCUUUUCAAAAUCGUGACUAACUGUUCCCUUUUAUGCGUCUAGGGUUAUGAGGACUGGCUGCGCCAUAAGGCAGAUAAAGAAGUCAAUAACAGGCCAACUAAGGUGAUAAGUCAAGGGAGGGUCCAGGAUGUUCCAUCUAAGAACGUGAGGGUAAGAGAAUAUGAAAUAUGAAUGAUAAGCGAUUUAGCUGAAACAAAUAUCGCUUAGCAAGUAAUUAUUAUUUUUGUACCUUCCAGUCUGUAUUUCUGCUUAAGGACCUACAGUAUAUGGCUUUAAAGGCAGUCACACAACUAUGUGUACCCACACAAGAAUCGAUAACUAGUGUAUUGAUCAAUAAUAAAUGUAAGGUAUUGUAGCUCUUGAAAAAGCCUCAUUACAUGUUUGUUUUUAGGUUGGUGAUAUUGUUCAAGUGUCAGAAGAUGAAGAGAUUCCUUGUGAUCUUGUCGUAUUGUCAUGUGAAGACCCUGAAGGAACAUGCUACAUUACAACUGCAAACUUGGAUGGGGAGACAAACUUAAAGGUAUGUCUGCCAUUUUACAAAUUCUGUCAAAAUUUGUCUCUUAACACUGAUGUUUCAUUCAGGUCAUAAUUAUUAGGGUGAUAACUCAUUAUACCAGUAGACACUAAUUCUGUAGCAAAACAAAACGAAUUCUAGCUAGAGAUUGUAUCUGGUUUGCAAAUUGUUCGUAGUUCCAAAAAAUAGUCCUGUAUGUCUCCCCCUUCCCACAUAAAGGAUUGGCAAUAAAGUGGGCAAGUGAAAGUUUGUUUUGCCCUGGUUAUUAUUAAGUUUAUUGCUGUACAUAUACUUCUGAUGUUGACCUGCUCACUUGUACAUGUACGUGUAGUUCUUUUUUCUUUGUCAUUUCUCUUGCCAUCUGAUAUAAAGCCUUUGGAGCCAUUUUUUUAAAUAAUAAAUCGCCAGAAUAAGAACCUCAGUGUGGUAGUUUCUAGAUUCUGGAAAAGUAUGGGAGAAAAACAAUAGAUGGCUUUUUGUUUUUAAAUGCAUUUAUAAUGUUUGUAAAUCUUUGUUUUAGGUUCGCAGUGCUUUAACAGAGACUGCAUCCAUGCAAACAGCAGAACGGCUAUCAAACUUUGUUGCUCAUGUAGAAUGUCAACACCCUCAGGAAGAUCUUUACAGGUAUUUUAAAAAUGUUGUUGAGAGUGAUGUUCUAUACGUUGCAUGUAAAGCUCUAGUGAACGGCAAUUCGGAAAUUUAGGAGGACACAAAAGUUAUUAUAAGGUGCACUUAAAAUUUUUUUUUUCUUUUGCCAUACAUGUAUAGUUUUACCGGUCGGAUGAUUAUAACACCUAGAGGAAGCGGAGAACCAGUUGUAAAGUAAGUUCAGUUAGCAUUAUUUCUUAAAAUUAUGUGAGUACAUCCUCAAAGAAAGGGGAUUCUCAAAAUAUCAUAAAAUGAUUAUAGUUUUUAGAAAUGAAAUAUCUUGCUUGUGCUUACCCUUAAGUACGUUUAUAGCUUGAAACAGUUGGCGUCAUUUUAAUGGAAAUUUUCCCUGGUACAUUGUCCAUUAACAUGUUCCAAUUUUAGAGCUUUAGGUCCACAAAACCUGCUUUUAAGAGGAGCAAGGUUGAAGAAUUCCACAUACACCUUUGGUAAGUGACUAAUAUGAUCUGUUAUAAUUCAUUUUACUAUUAUUUCCCUUAAUUGUUAUUUUAUUCAACAUAGACCUUACUCCUAAUACAGAUGGAAUGAGAUUGUAUGGGUCAACCAUUAUGGAUUGAUUGAAGUGAUUGUACCGAAUUUGUGGGGUACAAAUAAUUCACUCGUUUAAAAUCACCUUUUAAACAAGCCUUUUACCAUGAAUGAUUCCUGAUACAAGUCUUUUCUCCAAUCGAUCACAAAAAGUAAUUGUCCAACACUCUAUUUGUUUGUUUCUCCAAUUUCAAAAUGUCAAUCAGUUAAAAGGUAAAACUAACACAAGGUUAAUGGAGUCAUAUCCGGUUAAAAUGAAAUUAGUCACGACACUUUCGGACACGCUCCUCAAAAUUAAAGCGAUUUAAUUUAAGUGAAAACGACUCUUCGUAACACAUUCAUUUGCAAUGCCCUCUGAAAGGAAUGAACAAGACAUUCAGUCAGCACAUCAAUGUGACAGUUUAGCAGUUGAGGCAGCAUCACAGAAAUGGCCAGUAGUCAGCAUCAAUCCUCAAUCUUCGUCUUGUGAUAACAGCUGCAACCUCAGUCGGGCGUCCUGUUCUGCGCGUCGAGUACUACGUCUUAACUCCGGUCCCUGAGCCAUAGGGGCGAUACAACCACUGCAGGUCCGUCAUUCUCCAGUGAGCAUACAAACCAAGGUUUGGUGUCUCUCAAUGGUGUGACCCUUGUGUCGAAGAACGACUCCCCUUACCACGUCGUGCUGACCUCUAAUGUGUCUUAGAACGAGAAUCUUCUUCCACCCUCCCCUGUUCUUUUCUUCUCCAACAAUCAACAGGACCUCACCAACUUCUGGGUAGUUUCGCGCGCCCCUCUUGAUGUGAUGGCUCUCUAUGAGACCAUGAACGUAUUCUCUCUUCCACCGUUGCCACACAUGUUGUUUAUUCUCACUUAACCGCGCCAUCAACUUGGUCGUUUCAGCUCCUUCUAACUCUCGAUCUUCUACGGUGUGCACCUCCUGGCCCUAAAGUAACAGAUUAGACGUUAAAACUUGCUCCUCUCCUAGUUCGCUUUCAACUUACGUCAGUGGGCGGUUGUUUAGGUCUACUUCGAUUUCCAUUACCACAGAUUCACUUCUUCGUAUUUGAAGCUUGUUCUUCCCAUGGUCUUAUAGAACGUUUUCUUUGCAUCUUUGAUGAGUACCUUGUAUAAGCCUCCCAACCGUGGCGAUUUAGACAGGUUGAACUGCCGAGUAAACUGCUGCCUCGCAAAGUAAUCUUGCAACAUCACGCUCUUUCGGUUUUUCUUGAUCCAUGCCGCAGUGGUUCUGAAAACUGGUCCGUUAUCUGACACGAUGCAUUUUGGCCUGGUGCAUCGGGUAAUAAAAGCAUUCAGCUUCUCCUUUAACUCCUCUGCUCUUUGUGACUUGGUUACUUUUAAACGGAUUGCUCUUGACAUACCGCACGUGAAAAUUAACAUAGCAUUUGCCUUGCUCCUUCUUUGAGAUCUUAUAGAUAAUAGGUUCAGCGUAGUCGAUCCCUGUGGUCUCGUACGAUCGUCCGUCUUCGGUUCGGAGCGACGGCAAUGGAGGAGCUGUUGUUGCCGGUCCAUACGGUUUUGCACUGAACACCUUGCACACCUUAACUUCCAAUCAUUUAUCACCUUCUUCACCUUUGCUCGCAGAUGUGGUAUCCAGUGGCCUUCUCUUACAGUUGCCAAGGUGUUCGCGACGCCAAGGUGUUUUAUGUUUUCAUGGACAUGGCGUAUAAGCUUGUUGGCGAACUCUCCCCCUUCAAUGUGUAUCGGUUGGUAACCAGAAAUUCUACUAUUACACUUGAGGACAUGAUUACUUUUUUCUGUCCCCAAUUUCCUGCCAUUCUUCUUUGUUUAUCAACCAUUCCGGCCCUUCAAAUCAAUUUCCCGUCUGCACCUUAUCGAUUGACGCGCCGCAGCCUCCUAAGUCUACCAGGUUCUUAUCUGUUGGACAAUGUCUCCAAACAAUUCCUGUUUCCUGUGUGAUCUCAGCAAUCUUCCUCACUCAGUUGGAAACGAAAGCUUUCCACGCUUUUUGGAGAUUACAGAUCCAGUUCAGGGCCACCAUAGUGUCUAUCCUCACGUUCACGGAAGUAAUGGGCCACCGCUUUAACGCUGUUCUUCACCAUAUUCGCGCCUAUCUGCCCGCUUACCAGUUCCACUUUAGCCAAUCUCGCCUCAUGGCACUGCUCACUUCUGAAUUCCAGUCAGUCUUUUCAUGACACGCCUCUCUGUAAAUAUGUUUCCCCUCCACUAUAGUCGGCGAAAUUACCCAGUGGGUCACAAAUAGUGCUCAGCUUACUCAAAAUAGAUCGUUUUCGUUGCUGAACUGUUUUCGUUCAUCUUUACUUGAAUCUCGAGUGUAUCUUGUUUUUUGUCCCACAUGAGACCAAUUAUCUUGCUUGGAUUAGGUUCUUCGUCCAACUCUUGGACGUCGGACUUCUCCUUGUACACUGGGAACUUCGCAGUCUCGAGGGUUUCAGUGGCUUCUUCUUUAAACCUGCUUAGUUCUCUGACGUCACUCCCGGUCUUCAGGUUACCCACGUAAGUAUUCUCCCCGAGCGACUCGAUCGUUUUCUCAUACGCUAGUGAUUGCUGGUUGAAGUGAUGUUGCAGUGUGGCGCCUAGCAUAAACAGCCUGGCUUCGGCCCCAAGUGGUAUUCUAGCAAAGCGCAAGUGUUCCUUUCUGUCAUUUAUGUUGAGUAAGAAUCGAAAUGCGUCACUAUCUUCCUCCUUAAUCCCCAUCUGUAAAAAUGCCGUUUUGAGUUCCGCCAACAAAAGGUGGGUUGACAUUCAUCCUCGAAUCAUGAUGUCCCAUAACAGAGGUUGCAAGGGCGGGCCAGUGUACAUACACUCAUUGACACUGUUGGCAAGAGGAUGGGGCUUAGCACUGGCACAGAAAACCAUCCUUUCUUUUGUCGUUGUGGCCUCUUCUCUCACCACUGGUUUAUGAGGCAUGAUGAAGACGUGGGGACCUGUGGGCUGCUCUGGUUCUUUCUCGACUACGCCCUGUUCUAGUUGCUCGUGUAUUAUCUCCUCGUACUCGAUUUUCAGGUCUUCAGUUCUUCUAAGUUUUCGCUGGGCGUUCUCGAGGCGUUUUCUACUUGCCAUCUCGUUUGCAUUGGACAGCUCGGCACCCAGAACCCACGGGACACCUACUUCGUGUCGCCCGUCACUUCUCGUUACAAUGUUCUCUCGAAAUUCAGAGCACGCAUCCAGCUGACCGUCCUCCCCUCGGUCCUCUACUCCUAAAACGUCAAGGGAGUACAGUUUCUCGUAGUCGCUUGUCUCCCUGGUAAACAUGCAUGUUGUGCCUGCGUAGUCCUUUCCGACAAGAACAACCCAACCAAAUGUGGUUCCCUCGACCAUUGGGUCCUCUAGUCUACCUUUGUACACCUGCUCUGUUCGGAUCUUGCAGUAGGUGGCGUCUCCGAGUAUGAGGUGAAUUAGCUACUCUUUACUUGGGGUCCUGUAAAACAUUUUUUCACGCAAGUGCUCAUACUUCGCCUUUAGCUCCAUCAGAGUCGCUCUCUUUAUACUAGUGAAAUCUGCAAGAUUGCUCCCGGUAUUCUCUAUUUUGUCACUCACUUUAUCUUCUCGCUAAAAACCGGCAAAGACUGUUUCUUCGUUCCGUUCACAGUGACGAUUUGGCGUGACUCGUGACGUGCUGAUUUCAAUCCUAGUCUGUUAAUAGCUUUGAGAUAAAGUUCCUCCCCGAUCCUGUGUCUAGAUGCGCCCAGAAUGUGAUCCGUUUGAGUUUCAAUGGGACUAUUGCCGGCAGUGACUUCUCUUCGAAGGAAGGGAUGUAGCCAUUUAACACUGCGUUAGACUUUUGCCAAGUUUCUGUCUCGUUUCCUCUAGGUCUGUUACAGACACCGGUGUGUUGCUUGCUCUGGCAUUUGUUAAAACUGCCGGUUGCGACAGAAUUUUGCCCAGGAUCCUGUACGGCCACAGUUAAAACACAAUUCCUUUUCCUGGAAAAAAUGCCUCCUUGCUUCCAUUGUUUUAACGACUUCGCACGCGUCUGCCCAGUGCUUAACUUUACAAAGGAUACAGACAGGGUCCUUUCUCUCUUUUAAACCAAGGCUUCUCCCUUUUCGGUCGUACACCUCCACUGUUUCCAGGUACAUCAUCUACUUUGUGUCUUUUCAACCACUGCUGAAAGUUGUUUAUCGAGGCCUCCAUAUCCCAGUUCUCCCAAUUUUCGUCGGUUCGCGCAAUAUCGGGCCUCUCUUGCGGUAGUUUGUUGAGAGUGGACAUCACGAACCCCCGAAGCAUGUCGGCUUCGCCCAUUGACAGCAACGCAUCGUAAUUUCUGUUCACACUCUCGUAAAAUUCCUGACUCUUCAAGUAAUUGGAUCCUGUGACGACUGGAAGGUUCACUCUUUUUUCUACGUGCACGCGUUCGCAACAAGUUUGCUCUGGCCAUACUCGGAUUUCAGUCAUUCACAAGCUAUCUUUUAGCCAAUUUCACCAGGCUUUAAGUUUGCUAUCUUUGCUCGUACGUUUGCAUUGACCAUUUCCAAAAGAUAGCCGAAUUUCUCUUCUGCGCUGAUCGAUUAGUUUUGGACUUGUGUAACAAACAUGUUUCCAAAUCUCACCCAGUCGGUGGGCGUUCCUUUGAACGGUGUUAUUAUCAAUUUGGGCAGUUUUGCUGUAGUUGAAUGGGCUUCUUUCUCCAGUUCCAACUAUGUGCGUCGCCUCUUAUUCUACAUCAAUUUGCUCCUGCCACAUACAUCGCUCGUACCCUUCUUGUCGCAAACGCAGCUCAGUUAAACGGCGCUCCGCUCCUCCGCUCGCACAAGUCACACUGGCGUGCGUUCACCCCGAUAGUUGCUUUGGAGCGAGAAUUUCACUCACGUACAAAGUUUUGCAACGGUAUCAUGUAAAUGCGAAACUACCACUCGUUUCGGUGUGAAAUCGAUUUUACGGUAGACCGGAACGGGUAGCGCAUUCGUAUUUGAAUCACAGGUGUAUUUUAUCAACAUGAUUUGUACCUUCAUAAGUUAAUGUGAUGUGAAAUGACCCAGUCAUCAUGUAAACGCGAUAUGAACUCAAGAAGUCAUCCCGAUAUGAAACUUGUACCACUGCAAGUUUUCUUAGUUUCUUAGUUUUUUCCCGAGUUCUCUAGUUUACAUGACUGUAAAGUUGUUAAACUUUUAUUAUUAUUCAUUCAAAAUAUUUCUCUGUUUCUGAUUGGCUAAAACCACACCCGUGAUUCACCAUAACCAGCUACUGUUGACCAAAUUUGGAAGAAUUUUGCGAUUAAUCAACCGAUGACGAUGACGUCAAAAGUGCAGCGCAGUUGCAAGUUAAUGCACCGUUAACCGAGAAGACCGAAGGUUGAGAUGUUUUGGUUGUGAAAAGAAAAAUGCCCGAACAGUGGGCGGAACAUUUUACUCUUUUCACGACGAACUACUGUCUAAAAACAUAGCAAGAAGACAACUCGACGAACAACAUCUGCUAUUUGGAGUAUACUUGCAGACCUGAACAGCCCUUUAUCUUUUAAAAUGCACUAUCGAGGUGAACUUAACAUCGACAAAGGUAAGCAUAUUUCAGCUUGUUUUUAAACUAGGAAUUAUUUUGAAUGAAUAGUAAAGCAAUUAAUGAAUUCGGCUUUUGUAGGAUAUUUAACCAUUAUUCCCCGAAUGGGCUCUAAGUGAAUAGCUCGGCCUCAUGGGAUAUUGACUCAGAGGCCAUGAGGGAAGAGGAAUUGUUUUAGUAAAAUCCAACUAGUUGGUCAAAAAUAUCGAGACAAAACAACUUUAGCUAGCAAAACGCGAUUCAGCCGCCAUUGUUUUGGUUUUCAAAGCCAGCUCUUUUCGCUACUAGUAGGCUAUAACAUGUAGCCUAGUAGUAGCUCAACUAAUCAGAAUGCAGCAUUGAUAACAGACCACCAGUUGGAUUUUACUAAAAAGAAUUAUGCGGAUCUCGGAGGGUGUUAUCCACCAAGGCCGACUUAAUAACAUCAUUUUCUGUGUUUGUAUGCUUUUAAGGUGUUGCUGUGUACACUGGUAAAGAAACCAAGGUAAGAAAUAGUACAUGUAUUUUGUCUAAAUAUAUAAAAUAAUGAUUAACUAUUUUAUCUUGUAAUAUGUUGCCAGAUUCCUAUUUGAAAUAUUUUCUGUAUGUGUGUGAUGUUGGAAACAUCACAGAAACACUUAAAAAGUCAUGUUUAUUUAAAGAGCAAAUUGUUCUUAUUGAUUCUGAUGCCUCAGUUGUAGUGCGUUUUGUGGAUGUUAACAAUGUUUGGACAAGAUAUAAUUAUUUUUUGUCACAUUGAUGUCAAUAGCCUGCGAACGGCAGACGCUUCUCCUCGUUCACCGCUGCUGAGGGACGUUUGGCGAGGAGGAACGUCUGCGACUCAUGAUGUCAAAUGCAGAAGUCUAAUUUUGCAGAAUUCAGAUCAUCCCGCAUACCUUUUUAAAGGUUCCUCAAAAGCCUUUGAAACCAAUUUGUUGUCAAAUUUUUUGUGUCCAUGAAAUAUUAAGGUGAUGUUGAUGUUCAUCAAUUUCUUCUUUUUCUUUCAGAUGGCUUUGAAUCAAAAACAAGCAGCUCACAAAUUUUCUACAGUAGAAAAGUAGGAAUUUUAUACAUUAUUUUACUGUGAAACUCACAAAACCGUGAACACCAGAAAUACUUAUGGAAUGUUAUUGUGUUGGGAGAAAUACGCCAAUAAGACGCGAGAAAACUAAACCGCAAACAGCAACGGUAAUUAGUUUGUGGUUUUUGAGGUUUGCUCGCGUGUCCUGCACUUUAGUGUGAUUGGCCAUUACACAAUCAGCAUUCCUGAAGUUUUUCAGUUGUUCACGGUUUUCUGAGUUUGACAGUAAAUGUCUUGUUGUUGUAUGUCCCUCUGUAAUAAGGUCACCUUAUUGCUAUUUACCAAUCACAUGGAAUAAUUAUACCAAAGGCCAUACAGUUUCUACACGUAGCUCUAUGUUACCAACAGUUCAGUAAAGUAGACAGUUGGCUUUGAUAUCCAUACACCUUAUUCCAGAAUUGUAGGAAAUUUUGUUAUUCUUUUUUCGGAGCAAUUAAGGUUUCUGGGAAACUGCCCACCUACUCCUCCCCUAAGCCAACAUUAUCACUUAGUUCUCACUUUGGGCCAAAUGUUGGCUUAGGGGAGGGGUAGGUGGGCAGUUUCCCAGAAACCUAAAUUGAUCCCUUUUAUCUUCAUGAUAAUUGGCCUUUGAUGCCUUGUCUAAAGGUUUGAAUUGAAUUGUAUACAUUGUACAAAGACUGCAAAAUAUAAUAACAAUACUACUACUACUAACAAUGAUGAUGAUGAUGACGAUGUGUAUAAUAAUAAUGGUAAUAGUAAUACAUAAUGUAAUUAGAGCGCUUGGUUUCCUACCCUGCGAGCAGACGUUUCUUUCUUGCAUGGCUUUUAGCAUUUACGAAGUCAUUUAUGUGGCUUGUCUGUGGUGUACAUGAUUCUCUUUAUGCCCCCCGAGAAACGGGAAACGGGGAGUGUUAACAAAAUUAAUGGCGCAACAGACCAGCCACGCGAACAACUUCGUAAACGCUAAAAGCAGUGCAAGAGAGAAACUUCUGCUCGCAGGGUAUGGGUUUCCUUCAAUUUUCCUCAGAGCACAGCCUUGAAAACAUUAGGGCGCUAGAUUAAAUUACUACGCUUUUGAGUUUUUUUUUGCUCUUAUAUACUGUGUAGUAAUGCUCUUUACAACUGUUACACUGUUUGUGUUUUGCAGGACAAUGAACACAUUUUUGAUUGUGUACUUGAUAGUGCUAGUUUCCCAAGGAGCUUUGUGCGCCGGCCUGAUGUUUUGGAAACAAGGCACAAAGUCAGGGAUGCCCUCCUAUGUUUACCUGGAAAAACCUAAAGUCACAGUAAGUGAAUUAUCAUCCCUUGUUUCUUUGUUCAUGAUUGUGGGACAUGUUUCGCUCUUCUCAAAAAAGAUAGGUAUAAUUAUAUAGCGGAUAGAAGGGGCUGAAAGCGAAAUUCAUCAAAAUUCACAAUUCUUUCAUCGUUUCGUUCCGUGAAAUACUGAAAAUAAAUAGUACCACGUGAAAGUACUGCGUAAGAGGUUUUUUGUACCAUUAGAUAUAAGUCAAGUCUUUUUUUGUUACCGAAAUAACAAACUCUUUCAACUGUAUGAACCUGAGUUAGUGAGAAUUUUUUUGCGACAAUAUGAAGCAGUGAAAUAUAUAUGUUUCUUUUUUUUGUGCAUCAGUUUUUAAUGAAAGCAGAUAAUUUGCGUGAAAAUAAUUUCCCCCUACUAGUAGAAUCUUCAAGUACAUGAAACCUGAAUUCACCGGUGUGUCAAUAAGUAAUAAUUAUUAAAUUUUAGUAAAAUUGACAGAAUAUCUGAAAAGGUCGUACUAUUCACCAUUUGAAUUUUUUUAUACAAAAAGUGUACUUGUUAUAUAUUUUAAUUUUCUCUUUUCAGUUCACCGGAUCUAAUGGCGUGCUGGACACCUUCCUUGUAUUUCUCGUUCUUUUCAAUUACGUUAUUCCAAUUUCACUUUAUGUCACUGUAGGUAGGUACCCAGAAAGAUAUGGUACGGUUAGCCUGUGCAAAAAACGCUUGCUUCUUAAUAUCGCCCCCCGUCAUCGAGACGUGUUUCGUCACCAGCAGUAGGGAUUGAUGCGAGGCGCUUGUAAUCUUAUGAAAUUCAACAACAGAAAGAAAUUUUGUUAUCAAAAUGCAAGUGGAAAAGAUUUGGGAAAAAAACCAGACAUUUCUAGCGUGCUCCUUUGUCUUCUGUAGUUUGAUAUAUUACUGAAAAAAUGCACGUGCAACUUAACGUAUGUUUCAAGCACCUUCGAAACAUCCAGUUUUUUUCCAAGCCCGCUUUUCAUAGUCUGUUCCGUGCUCCAAGACGGUACGUAAAACGCAUCGAGAAAAGUGGCGCGAAAAAACUGCAUGGGAGCUGGGGAGAGACGGGUAUUGAAAAUGGAGCCGCUAAGAAUUGAUUGUUUGCCAUUUACAUGGGCAAACCUGUCGGUUCACGGGUUGGGCAAAUGGUAAACAAAAUUCAGGACUGGUAAAUUGUUACCGGAAUCGCGUUUACCAUUUGUACAAAUCAGUUCCCUUUACCGAAAAACAGCCGCGAAGGCCUGAAACUGGUAUCAAAGAUGGCUUUGAAGAAAUGGAACACGAAUUUCCGUCUGGAACAUUCCGUCCAGAAAAAACGGGACUACCUUUUCAGGUGUUCCGUUGCUCCCGGAUAGUUUCCACUGGAACAACCCAAAAGCCGUGUUCCAUUUACUUUCCAUCCGGAUUUUCCGGAACCUUUUUGUAAAUGGUAAACAACCAUUGUUUUCAAUACCUCAUUCCGGUAUACAAGCUCCUGGUAUAUCCUAUGAUUGGCCAUGAAUUGCCAUUUAUAGUUUGUUUCUAGAUGCCCUCGUUUUUGGCAUGCAUGCCUGUUGUUAAGAGUUGUUUGCUUUUCUUAGAGCUUCAAAAAUUCAUUGGUGCUUUAUUUUUCGCAUGGGACUUGAAGAUGUAUCAUGAGGUGAGAAUCAUACCUAACAUUAAUCCAAACGUAAAAUAGUAGUAAUAAUAAUGAUGAUGAUGAUAAUGAUAACAGACAAUUAUUGGAUGAGGUUUUUGUGAUAUCCGAAAUAAUCGAAGUCGAGCUAAAUGUUAUCACCCAAGGACGAGACUGAUAACACUUACCACGACCUUCAUUAUUUAGGAUAUCACAAGAAACGAAUCUAGUAGUUGUUUUGUUAUUCAUUGUUUUGAAGAAACUGACGACAAACACACCAUCACACGGAACACAGUUUGCGCUGCAGUCGGAAAUCAAGCAUUGCGCGUACAACCUACAGAUUUUUCUUAGUCUGUUACCUGCUGGUAGAUAACUAAGUAAUCUAUAGGUUGCGGUGAUUUCCGAAACUUACUGUAGACUCUCAGGCAAUGAGAAACAGAUAACGAGUAUAGUACAAUGUAUAAAAAUAACAAAAAAAUGGAGCUCUAAUUAGUGUGAUGAAAUUAUUCAAUUGAAUAUGUGUGUACUACCCUAUCCAGUGGCUCUUCGAUUAGCUCUUUUCAUGUUGAUACGUAUUAACUACAAAAUGAGAAAUUUGGUUUUACUGUGAUUAGGAAACAGAUGAGCGUGCCAUUGCCAACACCUCAGACUUGAAUGAAGAACUUGGACAGGUACAUGUAACUGAAUCAUUGAUCUGUGCACCUCUUAAAAUAAUAUACCUUUGCACGAUUUUUGUAAACUUUUGACAUGGGCAAGCUGGAGAAAAUCCGUCAUUUCCGCUGGAAUGAGUAAAAUUGCCAAGCUUGAAAGUGAUUUGUGAAAAAAAUUGCCCCACCCCUUCCCACCAUACAAACGUCUGUAAAUUUUCGCAACUUUGCUGAGCUAUAUCUUCGCUCGCAUCACUUUCAAACGUGGCUGUUUCAUUUAUUUUAAGGUGCUCUUUUCAGUGGUGUCGACUGAUUUUCCCCAACAUGUCCAUGUAAGAAGUUGGAAAAAACUGCGGAAGGGUCUAUUUAGCAAUACACAUAAUUUAUUGUUACAAAUGUAUUUACACUUAAAAUUAUAAUUUGUAAAAAAGUCAUACACAUAAUUUAUUGUUACAAAAUAAUGUAUUUACACUUAAGAUUUUAACUUAUAAAAAAGUCAUAUCAUACAUUUAAAGGUGGGAACUUGCGUUCGUGCCUUUUGUAAUGUUAAUUGGUUUUCUGGGUCGCAAAUAAUUUUUCGUUGAAUUAAUGAUUAUGUCCAACUAGAUAGCUGUUUUAGUCGAACAAAACGGAAAAGCUGUCGGGCAGACAUUAUUUCUUUAAUUAUUAUGCAGAUCUUUAUGCUUCAAAAUGAAAAUCUUUGGAAUUUGAUCUGUCCGCUCAUCAUGUCCACAAAGGCCCAAUUUCAUAAGACACUAUAAACAAAUGUAAAUCGCUUAUUAUCUGAUGACUAGCCAACCUCCUCUCCAGGGUCUUCUCCUUUUCCAAUAUGGCGGCGGCAGGAGAUAAGUCUUCUCUCCUGCCGCCGCCAUAUUGGAAAGCGAGAAGAUCCUGGAGACGAGGUUGUUGAGUAGCCUGUUCAAGAAUAGUAGCGCGAAAUGGAGAGCGGAGGGGGAAAUUGUGCUAAACGCUUGAUUUGCUAUCAAUAGGUCGAGUAUGUAUUUACUGACAAGACAGGAACACUAACAGAAAAUGACAUGCAGUUCAGAGAAUGCUCCGUUAAUGGAGUGAAGUAUGUGGUAAGUUGAUGCACUACAGACAGAGGUCCUGUACACACUGUUCUCGUUUUGACUACAACGCAUCAAAGGCACCGUGUCCACACGAGUGUUUUUGAAUCGUUUUCGGUCAGUUGUCCUUACCAAGCCAUCGAAAUUGCACACCACAUAAUGAGUUUUCUUUCCAAGUCAUUCGUUAAAUUGUCAUAUUCAAUACUCCGCUUGCUUGUAAGAAGCCGGGUCUUGAAUGAGUAGUGGUACGUUAUCAACAUUUUCAAAAACUGUUUUUGCAUGUCUACAUGAAAACAGUAGAUUACCUUUUACAAACGUCCAUAAUUUCGGGGGUUCUAGAAAAUCUCGUUUUCAUACUGCUGCGUUUGAGAUCGUUCUAAUGUGGGUGUUAGGCCAGUACGCAGGGCAGUUAAUCCGUUUUUAAACAAACAUGGUCACAAUUCGCAGGUUGUUACAUAUGUGUCAGGUUGAGGGUGUAGUUGGUUAAGUAGUAAAUUAAAGGGGGGGGGGGCGUCGCUAUCUAAAAGUGUGUUGCAUAUAGGUGCAAUGCAAAUAAGGUGUGUCAACGUAGCAAUUAUUUUUUGUACUGUAAUUCUUGAUUCUGUUGUGACGUGAUUUUGUUACAUAUUUGUGUCCUUACAGGAGUUAAACAGCCAACUGUUCGUAGCAGAUCAAGCCGACGGUCCUUCUGUUUCUAUUCAGAAUGUUGGUGUAAGUGUUAUUAAUUUUUUCUCUUGUUACCCCCUUACCAUAGUGGAACCUCUUUUCGGUUUCUGUGUAUAACAAUUGGAAUGACGUCGUUUCUACCUUGCCAAGAGAACUUUGCAGUCUGGCUUCCACAAAUGAGCUUGUCUAGUCUAUCCAAUAGCAUCCACGCGCUGGAAUUGGUCCUACAUCACUGAAAUUGUAAAUGCACGUUAUUCAUGUGGACCUAUUUAGGUUUUUGGGAAACUGCCCACCUACCCCUCCCCUAAGCCAUCAUUUUGUCCUAAGUGUUUUGGGGUUAUUUUAACUCCUCGAUAUCUGGGGCCAUUUUUACUCCUGAAGAAGAGUUCUUUAAACUCCUUUUUGGAGUUAAAAUAACUCCCUAAAAAUCAGCUCCACUUUAUGGAGUUAAAUUAACCCCACUAGAGGAGUUAUUAUAACUCCUUGAAAAUUAUUGUGUAGACUUAAUGAGGCAUGUGCCGCCCCAAAGGCUAUAUGCAGAUGACAAUUUAGCACUUUUAGUAACUCUUUGGCGAGUAGGUCGUGGGCACGCACACGCCCCCCACCCCGCCUCACAGCAUGGCAUUGCAGAAACCAUAGAAAUCGAAAGUUACUAUCUUUUUUUCACUUAUGUGCAAACCUCGAAAUCAGCACCACUUUGAGGUAGAUUUUCAUCAAUCAAACGGCUCAUACGCGCCGGCGUUCUUUGUAUCAUUUGAUUCACAAAAAUAUAUUUAUAAAGAUAUUUGCGCCUUAUAUCGUUUGAAUAUGUUAUAUAUAUUUUGUGUUGGAAAUGCCUUUUUCAGUCCGAAGUGAUGGAGUUUUUCCUGGCCUUGUCGCUCUGCCAUACUGUACAAGCUUCCAGAGAGACAAGUCCCAAUGCAAUCUAUGAUUAUCACUACCAGGUAACGUUGGCGUCCUUUCUGUGAAAAUAAUAUCCAUCUGUUUAAAAUGUUGUGGCCAGAUACCCUGUCAUCUAGAACUGCUUGGACUCUACAGGUUUCGUUCGCGUCUUGAAAAGACUUGAAUUUCAGGAGUUCAAUUUCUAGGCCUUGUUUUGAAGUACUUAUAUUUGUUUUUGUUGUUGUUUUUUUGUUCUUGAAAGUACUUAAAUGUUUUACCGCAGAUCAUACAACUUUGUGAAGGAUAGAGGGCAAAUGCAGACAAUAGAGAAAUUUGUUUAUUCGUUCCCAGUGCUCCCUUAUUACUCCAUGGUACAUUUAGCCAUAAGGGCACCGGGAAUAUCCAUCACCCGUAUAUGUUUCCAUAAUUAAUUCAAGCUCUCAUUUUUUAGCGUUUCUGCAUAAACUCUGAAAAAUUCUUGAAAACUCAAAGUAGGGUCCAGGAAAGACCUUGAAAAGUCCUGCGAUUUUUGCCCUAAAAAAGUGUAUGAACCCUGUCGGCACUGACAGUACAGCUUCAAAAGAGUUGUGAAUGUAAUGAAAGUAUAGUCUGAAAUAACUGUAAGUGGAACCUUACUCCAACCAAACUUUUUCUGACUUCAGUUAAUUGCAAUGUAGCAAAAUUUAGACCAUUUGAGAUGAAAAUCGUGUAUAUUACGUUGUUUUCAGGCGUCGUCACCAGAUGAGAAAGCUCUUGUUGAAGCUGCUGUUAGGUAUGCUUAUUGUUUUAUUGAAUGAUUUUAUGUAUGAUAGCCUUUUUACUGUUUCUCUCAGUUAUCUGUUUCAAUAAGAGUUAUUUAUUCUUCAACUGAAUUUAUUAUUGUCUUUAAUAGUAUUAUUGUUAUGACCUUCCAUUUGAAAUUGUUUACAAUUCUCACCAUUAACGCCGAAAGUAACCAAUUGUUAAGUGGUAUUUUAUUCCCUGAAUAAAAUAAUCAUUAUAGAGAUGCAAUCGCAGGAUUUUUUUAACCUUUAUUAGAACGGCCAAACUCAAAAGUUAAAACAAGAAACUGCCCAGUAGCUAAUGUUUUUUGAAUGGUCACAUUUGUAGAAUUCUUCCAGGUACCAAAAUUAAAAAAACAUGUCGUGAAGCGUAAUAACUUAUAACAGUUUUACAUGAAUGUUGUAUAUUACUCUGAAAACUACACUGAAAAAUUUCAUCCACAGACUCAAAGAUUAGGACCACUUUGUAGUUCUGCAAACAGAAAAAAAAGACAAAUGAAAGUACAGUGGAUCCUCUCCUUGGGGACACCUGAAUGAUUGGCCGUAUUUUAGAAACACCAUGCUCGACACCACGUCGCAAAAGUUUUUCUUAAUAGAUCGAUGUUCCAGUGAUCUCCGUUACUGACAAAAAGAAAAAAAAAACAGGUUUCAGCCUUUAUGUAAAGCAUAAUACUUACAAUACGUGUUGCUCUAAAAGAUAUUACACAAGUUUAUACGAGCUGCAUUUCUUUGUUUGCAGAUUUGGAGUCACUUACCGAGGAAAAAUUGGUGAUGAUAUUGAAGUCAGAGUUGGGAACGCAGUUGAGAGGUUAGUGAGUGUUCCGUCGCACAUCAAGCACCAAAAAGAGGUUAGAAAAAUAGGUGCUAUUUGGGGACAUUUUGCUACUCGUUCGCCGCUAUUUGUCUUCUUCAACAAAAAUCAUUGAAAUUGCAUUGACGUAGCAGUGAUCUCCCUUGACUCCUGAAGUAACUCCUGUGUUGAAUCUGUUGGUUUGUUUUGUUAUUUUGAGGGUGUAGGGCUAGAGUGAGCUUCCCACUUUUGGAAUUUACUAGCGGCCAAUUUAGCUGCCACGAUUUCUGGACGUUCCUUUCAGGGGAAUGCUACCGGUAGUAUGCAAUUAAAAAAUGAUUGAUUUCGAUGGAGGGGUUUUUCUAUCAGAUAUUCAGAAACAUCUCAGCGCGUUGAUUUGUUUUCGUGUCGAAAAUUUUAAGUGAGGUUUGACUUAUUUUAAACAGUCACUGUAUAAUUAUAGUGAUUGAUUGUUAUUUCAUUAUUUUUCUAAAUUUCAGAUACACCCUUCUCCAUGUUCUCGAGUUUGACUCAACAAGAAAACGAAUGAGUGUCAUAGUAAAGUCGCCACAAGGUUUUGAAAUUAUUUGAUAUAGAUCCAACUUUUUGAGGCGCAAUAACCCACUUGGAAUGUUGGAAAAAAAAUUCUAAGGGCAGCGCCUAUGAUAUUUUGCAGGUUUUUUCCCGUGUUCUUCUAACAUCCGAUAUCAGGUUACGCUUAGCACAUCCAAGUUGAGUUUGCCGUAAUGCUUUUCCAGUUCCAUUAUUGGUCCGUCUAUCGAUCCUUUUGAAAAGCGUUGAGUAUCAGCUAUUAGUGUGCUUAAGAAAAGGCCGACAUUUCUGACGCCAAAAUUGAGACUUUUCCCUUUUAAUAUGCCAUGUAGCUCCCAAAUUUGUAUCGCUAAGUGUCUUUACUCUUAUAUAGAGGAUUUACCAGAAACUUUUGUCAAAACCACCGCCCAAGAAUGAAAAAUGUCCACUUCCGGUACUUUAUUUCAUGUGUCUUGCUUCUAGGUGACACUUAAGCCAUAAGCCUUGCAAGGUUUCAUCUCAGAUUCUUGAAGAAGACUUUCAUAUGCUUGUAAAAAAGUUAAAUCUUAACAAAAGAAGUAUCCAAUCAAAGAAUAACCAUUUUUGUUAGAGACGGGGGAAGGGGCACAAAACGGUGCGAAAUUAUUCGUUUAAGGGAAAGUAGCGCUUUAAAAUCGUUUUAGUACCAGUAAUACGAAAAAAAAGCUUCCGCAUCCUCACAACAAAUUCGCGUAGAAUUUCCCCUCUUGGCGUCAUCCUUUCUAACUAUCCUGACAAGAUUAUUUUUUGCCCCAUUGUAGAUAAGUAUGUGAUGUUAGUGAAAGGAGCAGAGACUGCUGUCUUGAACCAACUGGCGUCUGGUCCUGGAGAUGUCACUUUAGAUCAUGUCAAUGAGUACGCAGAGGUGCGUAUGCAAACUCUGAUACCUGGUUGCCCGAACGAAAUAUACUGUCUUCAGGAACUACAGCCUGAGACACAAAGAAAGAAAGAAGAAAAGAAAAAACGGACUGACUGACAGACAGACACAGACCGCAGAGAUAGACAGACAGACAUGCGUACAGACAUACAAACAGACAGACGGUCAGACAGAACAGAGUGACAGACGGACGGACGGACAGGUGCCGGGCGGGCGAAGAAACGAACAGACCGACCGAAGAAAACCCUCAAAGAAAGAAGGAAGGAAGGAAGAAAGACAGGAAGCACGAAAAAAGCAAAGAGACAUAUGCAAGCUUUCACGACUGUAGGAUUUGUACAAAAGCAAGGGUCGAAAUUAGGUUGCUAAGCGUCUUCACCUUUUUGCCCAAAACGCCUACUUUCACUAUUUAGUCGGGGUAACCCGCUAGUACAGAGGCCCGGUUCCAGUGGUUAGGUGCGCACGCAUUAAGAAAGAAAAAGGCUUGAACAAAACUCCCUUUUGAUGGUGUUAUAUUCACCUUAUGUCAACAGAAAGGACUUAGAACACUAGCUGUUGCACGUAGAUUUCUUUCUGAUGAAGAAUACGUUACAAUAGACGAAAAGGUAAGCCGAAACAGCAUUUUAUCCAGGAAUGUAUUGUAUUUGAAAUAUCCAUGUAUACGGUCCCCGAUUUUAGCUAAUACUAAUGUGUAAUCUUUACUUGCUUUAGCUGAACAAAGCCAAGCAAGCCAUCAAUGACAGAGAAGAACAGGUAUUUGUUAAUUGCGGUCUUGGUAAUUGUCUAGUAUUAAAAUUGGUACGUGGUACCAAGGAAAAACACCGUUAAGCAACUUGUAGUAGAAUUUAACUGUUCAGGGACUCAGAACUAUCAUUAUGGCCGGGUUAUUGAACAUUAGUAAAAUCCAACUAGUGGUCUAUUAUCAAUGCUGCGUUCUGAUUGGUUGAGCUACUAAUAGGCUAUAUGUUAUAGCCCACUAGUAGCGUAAAGCGCUGGCUUUUUGGCGGCAAAAAAAGAUUAAAGUCUAGCUUUAACUAGCUAAAGCUGUUUUGUCUCGUUAUUUUUGACCAACUAGUUGGGUUUUACUUAAACAAUUAUUCCUCGAGCCGGAAUGGGCUCUGAGUCAAUAGCCCAUUCGGCCUUCGGCCUCGUGGGCUAUUGACUCAGAGGUCAUUCGGGCUCGAGGAAUAAUUGUUAAAUACUACUGGAUAGUGUUGCUGAGUAUUUGCUCUCCCCAUAUGAGGGAAUCCAAAGUUCUGGAUUCCACGCCGUGGAGUUCAGAUUCCAGGCACUGGAUUUUAGUCUUUGUCAGUGGAACUUGGAUUCUGGAUUCCAAUCGUUACAGGGAUUCUGGAUUUCUUGAACUCUAUUCCGGAUUCCACCAGCAAAAAUUUUCCCAAUUCCGGAAUCCGGAUUCCCUUACAUGGGCGAAUUUGCAACUUUUGUUUUGUUCAUUAUUUUUUGUCGAACAUUCCUUUACUAACAAAUCAAUUGUCGAUAAACUAUUAACAGAUGAAUGAAUACAUAGAAUAUUUAUUGUAAGCAAUGAAUUGAAUUAAAGUUUAACUCUUUAUAUUACUAAUAACAUUUAAUGCGAUUCUUGUACUUAUCUAUCCACCUGUGCUUAUUUCCAGCUGGCUCGUGUUUAUGAGGAAGUAGAAACAAUGAGACGUUUUUGUUUCUGAACCCGUCCUUGGAGCAUAAACGUGCCGUGGAAGAUCGAGGACAAAAGGUGCAAAGAUAAACCAUGUAUUUUGUAAACUUCCUCUUUUCGAUGUUAUAAAUGGGGGCGGGGGGCUUAUAUCAUGGAAGUGGUAACCGGAUGAACCAGAGAAUAACCGGAGGGGGGUUAUAAGCGGAAGUUUAAGGUACUACUCACCUCUGCAAAGAAAGCUGCUCUUUUUUACUUUUUUUUUACAAAGCUAAACGUGUCUUGGCAUCAAUUGAAUAAAAACACCAUUCGACUAUAUUGACAAUGUAUCCAGCUGCUACGGAUUGGUAUUGUUGGUUUUUUUUUUUUCAAAACCUUAGUAGUAUUUUCCAAUAUUUUAGAAAUUCUCCAAACUGAUCUCCAUAGAUUUCCUCAAAGAAUCAGUUGUGAGAAUUUUGAUAAAUGAUCAGAGUAUUAUCCUUGAGGUGAUCAUUUUAUUAAAUCUCCCCGUUUUGAUAAUGUAUUAUGAGGGAAAAUUGAUGCGUCACUUUUUAAACUGGAGUUUUGACUGUCACUUUUGCGUUUGUGAACGAAAUCCUACGAUGUGACCAUUCAAAUGACAGCUCUCUGUCUGUACUUUCACAUGAUGCUUUUUGUUUUUCAAAAUUUUAGAAAAUGAAAUUUGUAAAUCUGGUCGAAAUUUGCCUUUAACUACAUUUGGCAUUGAAAGGGUUAAGACAUCUAUCUUUUUGACUAUGUCAGUAAAUGUUCAUAUGCUUCCUCAUCAUCUUUUCUUGUGGCAGACUUCAAGACGGAGUUCCACAAACUAUAGAAGCCCUCCGGAUGGCAGGCAUCAAGGUAAGCUUAACCGACCCAUUGUCCCUUUUGUGACCACCAAAACUACCAAUGAAAAGGAACGAAUUCAUGGUGAGAGGUAACUGCAUGUUAAUUCUAAUUUGUUUUGUUUAUUGGUCGACUUAGUUUUGCUUUAUGGGCCUGGUUCUCUUUUAAUCAAGGGAAGAAUUAAUUCUUUUCGUAUUCUCUCGCGCUUCACUUAAAGCUUUUAACAUUCUGCAUGGACAUCAUAAGGUUACACACAGUGCUUGUUAGCAAACGGCGUUCCAGGGAAGGAAUUUUCCAGGAUCGUUGACUAACGUUUGUUGAAAGUCGUGCUAGAGAAGCAGCUAACAGGCGAACAACACGUUGGAGAUAUUUGAUCGUUAAGAUCUGGGUAUUGAAUUGUUAAUUCCGGUUAAUGUUUAAAUUUUGGAGUGGUUCCCUUUGCAACUUGUCAGGAAUGUCGUACAAAACACCAUGUUGGAGAGGUAGGAAUGUAGGGCAUAGAAAAAUAAGGAAUUUGAUGUUAGUAAGGACCUUUCCGUUGCAAUGUUUCUCUAACAUAUUGCGUCGUUUUGUUUGACUAGCAGCAAAGGGCUAUCAACUUGUGAUACAUUGCAUGAAGGCCUACUGAAAAGUAUACUGACUGCUUUUCUUUGAAAUUCAGGUGUGGGUUCUUACCGGCGAUAAAGAAGAAACAGCUGUUAAUAUCAGCCACUCCUGUGGACACUUUAAGGUAACAAUGAUCACCCUAGACUUUGGCGCACUCUUACACAUUUACAGGCGUUCCUGUAAAACGGGACCCUUCGCGACUCAGAUGGCCCAUCUGUAUAGCCUAGAUGGCCAGCGCCGGUGAAUUAUUUUGGACAGUGGAGAUAUUUACCUCCAGGCCAGCCAAUUACAGCGAACGAAAAGCACCAUUCACUUGCUAGAAACUAAUAGAAAUCUACAGUACCUGGUUUCCUUUAAUCGCAAGAAAAAAGUUAUGGCAUGUAAAUUUAACUGUUAACAUAAAAAUAAUUUUAAUAUUUCUUUAGACGGGAAUGGAGAUGAUGUUUAUCACAAAGAAGGAGACGGAAAGAGAGUGCGAAGAGGAACUUGUUCAAUGCCGUGAAAGGUAUUUUACCGAAAGAAAAUCUUUUAUGUUUCCUGAGUCCAGUUUUGGUUUUCCACCAGUUACGUUUCUUGUGCUGCGGCAACAGCUGCUCUUUGCGGCUUGCACAAGCCGUUAAAAUACCAUUAUAAUAGUUUCAGGAUCGCCAGCGCACAUUAAAAUCCCGGGUCAUUCAAUUAUUUUGCAGGCGUGACUAUUGAAAAAUAUUAGGUACAAGGAAAAUUCCCGAGAAACUCUGGGGAGUUAAUUUUUGGUUGACAAUGGACGGUCUUUUCGCGUGCCCGAGUGCGAAAUUUUCUUCAUGGAUUGUUGCUGUUUUUCUAAAUGACUGAGACUGGAACUACGGUUACAAUAUAUCCCUACACGAUUAAUUCAACGUCUCAACAGCCGCCCAAGCAUUGUUAUAAGUACAACAAUUCUUUAAUUUCAAUCAAUUGCAUAGUUCCAGCUACAGCGGUUGUUUUAUGAAUAGCGGAAUAUGUUUUUACAGUGUAAGCGUUUAUUUGGGUCUUUAUUUGGGUCAAAUUUCUUAUUUUGAAAAGCUAAGUAACGUUCUUUUAUAUUGUUUUCAUAGAUUAGAGCGGCGAUCCCCUGGCUCAAGGAAACAAUACGGCUUAGUGAUAGACGGCGCUAGUUUAAGCCUUGUUUUCAAGGGUCCAUAUACUGGUAAGAGCAUUGUUUUUGUGUGAAUGAAUGGUCGCAUAUCCUCCUCACGCAUGGCGGCAUUUAAGGAAGCUCGAUACAGAACGCGACUGUGCACCUACCGAAAUAUUAUAUACACCUAUGAACGGUUAUGCUACCGCUGAUUUUUCUUAUGGACACUUCAUGGUACUGUUCAUCAUUGAGAUAAUUUUUCGCUGGUUUUUCUGAUCCGUGUGAACCAUGUUGACCAGGCUCAGUGCCAUAGGGACAUACAUACAUAUACAUAAACGUUAUUUUCCCUUGAAUUCGGAGUAGCUUACAGAAGCUAAUGUAUUCGAGAAUAGGUAACUUUCUUAAGGCAGAUUUAGCAAAGACAUCACAACGUCAAGUUAGGACGCCAAAGCCUGGGGAAAGGACUGAGCACGACCUCCGGUGCUCAAUUUGCUGGUGCUCAGAUCUGCGCGCGCCAUCGUCAAGUUGUCUUUACUUUGGGCGCUUUCCAUUUGUCAGAACUGGCCGGCCGGACCUUUGCCCGACCAGUCAGUUUGAAAAUGAAAGAGGCUUUUUCCAAGAGUUUUUACUGAAAAACCAUCUCUUUCGUGCAUACUCUUCAGAAAUUGACUAACCUGGCGGGAGAGUUUUGAUUACAAGGGAAAUUUGCGACGGGAAUGGUCUGGCUGGUCAGUUCUGACAAAUGGAAAGCGCCCUAAAUCUGCCUAUUACAACAACGAACGCUUGUUGUCAAGCGUCCGUUCAUUUCUGGGUUGUUUAGGUCUACUAAAUCCAGAAAACUCCUCUGUGAUAAAACAAAUCUAUUCUUGCCAGAUCUAAGACUAUUUAACAAUCAUUCCUCGAGCCUGAAUUGGCUAUUGAUUGUUUUAGUAAAAUCCAACUAGUUGGUCAUAAAUAUCGAGACAAAACAACUUCAGCUAGCAAAACGCGAUUCAGUCGCCAUGGUUUUCAAAGCCGGCGCUUUUCGCUACUAGUAGGUUAUAAGAUAAAGCCUAGUAGCAGCUCAAGCAAUCAAGCAUUGAUAAUAGACCACUAGUUGGAUUUUACUAAAUAUAUAUAGCUCCAAGCGGAAUAUUUUCUUAGCCCUAAUAAUGCUGUUGAUCGGCGAAAGCUCGAAUUUUUAUUUAUUAUAUCAUUAUCAUUAUCAUUAUCAUUAUCAUCAUCAUCAUUAUUAUUAUUAUUAUUAUUAUUAUUAUUAUUAUUAUUAUUAUUAUUAUUAUUAUUAUUAUUAUUAUUAUUAUUAUUAUUACAGCAGUUAAAGGCCUCACUCGAACGAGGAAAGUAAUACAUUUGUUCUUCUUUUGGGCUUAGGCGAUAACUAAGGCGUGGCUGAAAUUUUAAACACGCUGUAAAGUAAUUAGCUUUUUUGCCGUUUAUUUGUGCUGCAGGGUUGUUUGUGGACAUCUGCCGUCAGUGUGUGGCAGUUUUAUGUUGCAGAAUGUCUCCAUUACAAAAGGCUCAGGUAAGUCAACAGUUGGUCCUCACAAGUCCACUAACCAUCAGCAAUUACUAAACACUAACCUGCUAACAGUGAAUAUCAAAGUGUCGUUAUCACUUGCUGGCAAAGUACUGCUAAUAGUCCCGCACAGCAAACGGACACCAUCGCCUGACGAAGUAUUGUGCGGCACGAGUGAAGUGCAAAACUUAUAACAACUGACUUUUUGUGUACUCUGUUAGCAAAUUGCAGUCAGAGUGAGCCGACACCAAGAUGGGUAUCCUCAAAGGUCGACAAAGAAAUAGCUAUCUUCAAGAAAAAUAGAAUUCUGUCACAUAUAAUUUGUAGUACCUGCACAUAGAUCAACCCUACAAUAUAGCACAAGCCGUAUUUGUGAACAAGUCACGGAACUAGUUUUAAGUUGUAAGCACUAGAAGAUUUCAUUAAGGGUGCCUUUAACGUGUUAUAACUUGUGAUUUAAAAGAAAUGACCAUAACUUGUUCGAUUGAUAUCGUUAUGAGCAUUAAUCGAUGAAGAUUCAUUCAUUCAUUCAUUCAUUCAUUCAUUCAUUCAUUCAUUCAUUCAUUCAUUCAUUCAUUCAUUCAUUCAUUCAUUCAUUCAUUCAUUCAUUCAUUCAUUCAUUCAUUCAUUCAUUCAUUCAUUCAUUCAUUCAUUCAUUCAUUCAUUCAUUCAUUCAUUCAUUCAUUCAUUCAUUCAUUCAUUCAUUCAUUCAUUCAUUCAUUCAUUCAUUCAUUCAUUCAAUCAUUCAUUCAUUCAAUCAUUCAUUCAUUCAUUCAUUCAUUCAUUCAUUCAUUCAUUCAUUCAUUCAUUCAUUCAUUCAUUCAUUCAUUUCAUUCAUUCAUUCAUUCAUUCAUUCAUUCAUUCAUUCAUUCAUUCAUUCAUUCAUUCAUUCAUUCAUUCAUUCAUUCAUUCAUUCAUUCAUUCAUUCAUUCAUUCAUUCAUUCAUUCAUUCAUUCAUUCAUUCAUUCAUUCAUUCAUUCAUUCAUUCAUUCAUUCAUUCAUUCAUUCAUUCAUUCAUUCAUUCAUUCAUUCAUUCAUUCAUUCAUUCAUUCAUUCAUUCAUUCAUUCAUUCAUUCAUUCAUUCAUUCAUUUUGCCAUUAACCACAUAAGAACACAUCAACAAUAUACAAGAAAUUUAUAAUACAUCAAAGGUAAUAGACACUAUUCUAAAUUAUUUACAAAUGAGGUAAGUGGUAAUGACAAGGACGCCUAUAUAGAAGCCGGGGGCUUAUACGCUAUAGGCUUCCUGGAACUAUAGGGUACACCAUCUGAGUUAAUGGUAGUGAAUGAAAAAUGGAUUAUUCUAAAAAGAAAAGAAAAAGAAAAAAGAAAAGUAUGCAGCUCAUCAAAGAGUAUAUUUGACUAAGAAAGAAGAACUUUUUAAGUCUUGUCUUGAAGUGACUGAGUAUGUGUUUGUGACUGUAGAUUGUCCAUUUAGUCAAGUCUUCUCGUGAGAAGCCCGUAACCCUGGCUAUAGGCGAUGGUGCUAAUGACUGUGGCAUGAUCCAAGAAGCUCAUGUUGGUAUAGGCGUGAUGGGUAAAGAAGGACGACAGGCCGUGCGGACCAGUGAUUAUGCUAUAGCAAGGUUCAAGUUUCUCUGCAGGGUGCUUCUCGUUCAUGGCCACUGGUAUUACGUCAGAGCUGCUAUCAUGGUCCAAUACUUUUUUUAUAAGGUAUCUAUGGCCAUAUGCACCCAUAAAAGCGCCCUCACUCAGCUAUCCUCGUCUAAGAGCAGCACACUUGAAGAACCAGAUAUGUCCAAGAUUGCAAGCUAAUGAGACUCAUGCCCUUUAUGAUGGAUAUCGCAAAGUGUCCCUUUGAAAUGGACGCUCGAGAAAUAUGACAUUGAAUUUUGUAAAAUCCUGAAAAACAAACAGCACCAUUGAAGAGUAUUGGUAACGCCACAGGGGUUCAUCCUCAGAAUCAAAAGUUAGAACUUCGUACUAAAUAAAUAGUACGACAUAAAGGUACUCAUAAUAAACAGUAACAUGUAUAUAAAGUAGUGCUGAAGUGGUCUCAUUUAAAUCGUCGUACCAUACGAAUUUUGUGAUCCCGUCAGUUCACUUGGGACGGGUAUAUAUAUAUUUCCUUUCACCCUGGGCUAAUAAUUUUUCAAGUUUGAAUUCGACGUACUGUUGAUUCUUAUGAAAACUGGUAUUAGUAUAUUUUAUACUACUACAUGAGAAAUUUCAGCAGUUUGAUUGGCUUAGAGAAGUGGUAUUUCGGCUUAAUUUGAAAUACCUACAUGUGAAAAUUACAGACCUUUUGUGGGUAGUAGUAUAAACAAAUAGUAGCAUGGUUUGAACGUGAUAUUUGGCAUAAAUACCACUUGUGAUAUUUCAAAAUUGCCUCAAAUUUCACUCGCCUAACGGCUCGUGAAAUUUCGUAUAACAAUUUUGAAAUAUCACUCGUGGUAUUUAUGCCAAAUAUCACUGCAAAUCAUGCUAUUACCUAUACUAAUUGCUCGACAUUGAAUGUUAUUUCGUUAAUUGCUUAACUUUUCUAUUCCAUUACAGAAUGUGAGUUUUAUUACGCCGCAGUUCUUUUACGCCUUUUUCAACGCUUUUUCUGGGCAGGUAGGUAGUCUUUCUGAUCGCAGUUUUUUCAGUUUUGUGCAAAUGAAUAAUUGGAAUAAGUUUUGUAUCGUGCUUAACAUCAACUCCUUUCUUAAACCUCAUACUCGGGUUUUGUUGGUAAACGGACUUGUUUUUUUUCCUCCGGUUUCGCUCACCAUCCUCACGCAUCCGGUGAAAUGGUGACUGCAAACGCAUCUUUUCUACAACGCUCUUCAGAAUCGCUUAUCUUUCACGUGUCGAAGAACGAAAACGGUGGUUUUCAAACACCAUGAUCAUUGAUGUCAUAAAGUCAUACAUCAUACACUACUAGGAUUACGCAUGCUUCGUUAGGGAUGCUAUCGUAUUUCCAUCGUUUUGGCGUUUUUGUGUGAACCGGCGAAAACGAUUCGAAAAAGCUGCAUGUGGACAGGGUCUCAAACUGACUAAGUCACGCUGCCUCAGUUUAAGUUAAUUUCAACACUCACAGUAUUGAGUCUCUCUCUUGAGCCUGUACUUCUCGUGCUAUGGCUGACACUUCUCUCUUUUCAACGUCAUAAAACAGGGGCCGGUUGCUCGAAGCCUGGUUAGCGCUAACCGUUGGUUAAGAGGUAUCAAAAUGUAUAGGUUUCCAUGGUAUUUAACGCUGGUUAGCACUAACCAUACUUCGAGCAACCCGGGCCUGGCCGCUAUUUUUCUAGCCUGCGCCACGGACGAAACAAAACUCUGGUUAAGUCCGUCUGCGAAAGAGAGCGGAAAUCCUUGUUGUGGGUCCCCACCUUGGAGCCAGGAUUUCAGUAAGCGUCAUGAUUGGUCUGUUAAAAAAGCCAUUGUCGAUUUACCAAUCAGGAUGAAAGGAAAUUCGAAAAGUUCUUCCUGUAAUUAGUUGGGGUCCCAGAACAUCAAAGACGUUACUAACCGAAGUUAAAUUACAUCUGCAACGCAGGGCACUAUUUUUCAAGGUUAAUUUUUAUGAAUUUCGCCCAUCAAUGCGUUUUUGUCUUUUCUUCCCUCUUUGGCGCGUGUGUGUGUGUGUUUUUUUUAAUAAGAAGAAAUUACUUUCCCGGACAUUUCAGCAAAAUUGUCUCAUAGUUUGCAAAGUCCUGAAAUAAGCCUUUUAAUACUGAGCAUGACUAAGCCCUAGAUUUAAAGAUUAGUUUAAGAAUUCCCGGUAGAGCUAAUUCCAUUCGUUUCUGUUUUGGUCUUGCAGCCUUUGUAUCAUGCGUUUUUUCUAACAUCAUACAACAUUGUCUUCACUUCUCUACCCAUUUUUGUGUACGGUAUUUUUGAACAAAACGUUGGUGGUGAUGCAUUACAAAGUCAACCUCGUUUGUAUAGGUAGGCUUGCGAACUUAUUUAUUUAUUUACUUGUUUAUUUAUGACAUGAGCACAGAGUCUAUUGUUCUUUGAAAGGGGAAUAUAUUACAUUACCCCCAAAUCAACUGUCUUAGGGUUGAUUUCCACUGUCGCGGAAUUUUUACGUGCGUACGUAAGUAAAAUUUACGUUCGCAAAUAAAAUAAAGGCAGUGUAUGAAAGGUCGCACGUAAGCGUCAAAAGUAGAACUUCGCUCAACCUCACGUUUUAUCUCAACACUUUAUAUCUUGCUUCUAUUUUAUUUACGCGAUUAAAAUUUACGUGCGUUAACGUGCGUAGCCAAAAAGGCGUCAUGGAUUUCCACUGUCGCGUAAUUUUUCCGUGCGUAAAUAAAAUAGAGACAUUGUACGGAAGGUCACGCAAAUACGUAAAAGUUGAACCUCGCUCAGCUUCUACGUUUACGCGUGGCCUUUCCUACACUGCCUAUAUUUCAUUUACGCACGUACAUUUUACGUGCUUUCUCACGGAAAAAUUACGCAACAGUGGAAAUCAACUCUAAGGCUAUGUUCACAAUCAUCGGAUAGCUUUUGCGCGGGGACGAAAAUCAAACCGUAAGAACCGUGAUUUCGGCAAGAUUUCGGUAACGGAGCGAGGCUUCGCCGCGCCGAUCUCGAUAGUGGCGCGUCACAUAUCGGAGAGAUUCUGAGCCUCACUUUGGUGCAGUGUGCACACGUAUUCGUGGGUAAGUAGGACGAGAACUGGAACGACGAAAGUUAGUAUUCAGGAGUGUCAACACUUAUUUCCAUCCGCCAAACUGACGUUGACACAUUAAUGAUUCGUACACAAAGUAGGGUUAGGGUUAGGGUUAGGGUUAGGGUUGGGGUUAGGGUUAGGGUUAGGGUUAUAUAUCUAAAACAAACUAGGGUUCGUCACCAAAUCCUCGGUGGUGUAGGGGUUAGAGUGAUGCACUCCAGAUCGGAUGCUCCCAGUUCGAAUCCUACUCAUUCUAUCCUGAAAUGUUUGUUUCCUUAAAAAUUGAAGACGCUUUGACUUUGAUGAACAUUUCAUCAAGAAAUUUCAUAUAAGAAAAGUGAAAUGUCUUGUGAGAGGAGGAUGUCAGUUUGGUAGAUGGAAUCAAGUGACGAGUGAGGAUUGACCCUCGUGGUCAACUGCGCCAGCUCAAUGAUCGGCGGUGGGAGUAUGCAUUUAAGUACAAGGGCAGUAGUCAUAUUACUCCGUGCAUUUUAAUGUAUAACCCCUUGUAUUUUAAUUUGUUCUUCGUGAAUAACUUCUCGUUCAAUAGCUGUUCAUACAGUGGAUUUAAUCAAUAUUUGCUUCUAUCUUAAGACCUGACUUUACAGAAUUUGUUUUAGCCAGAAGACGUUUUCAAAGUUGCGGGAAGCGUUUUUAAAAUUCCAAACGUGAAUGUAGCUGUCAUUUUUUGGUCAACCAUCGUGCUUUUUCACCCUGUCAUCCUAGACAAACUCGAAAUUUAAAAUUAUACCUAUUGUAACUUAUUUGAAAUUUACGUGUCUUCUUUAGGGAUAUAAGUAACAAUCAUCGUUUGUCAUGGACAGAAUUCUUCUUUUGGACAGUUUCUGGUGAGUUGACCAUCUCAAUUAACUUAUACUUCGAAUUACUUGUCGAUUUUCGCCGCUGAUUGUCUCAAGGGCAAACGUUCUCUUAUUGUUUUGGCACAAUUCGCUUUUGACGGAAUUUGUGUUUUCUUAAUACCUCAUAGGUACUGAAUUUCGCAGGUCUUUUAUUUUGCGUUUUUCGCGAUUGUAGAAAAAUCGCGAAAUUAAACACCCGCGACUAAAAAUCCCCGCGGAAUUUAAACACGUGAAAUUCAAUGCCCUUAUAGAAAAUUCAAAUCUCAGAUUUUACUGACACGAUAUGUGUCGACAACUACUGAUAAAUUAUUCACUGGUUUUGCAGCAACGUUCCAUUCCGCAACUGUACCUUUCGUUGUGAAAUAACGUAAAUCAGCGUUUUGCUUGUUUCAAAUUAUCUCGAUAUUUUAAAAAGUUCAGAAGAUUGAAAAA